UCCCAUAUGAUUCUGUAUUAGAGGAGCAAAGUACCAGCAUCAGCUGUAGCAGCACAGGACUCCCAGCAGCGAUAACAUGGCCAGCUCAGCUUCUAUCUGCAAUCCGCUCAUGCCCUUCCAGAGUGUGAUACUUGGGGGAAUGUGUGAAGGCAAGAAAGUGACUCUUGAGGGUCUAGUACACAACGACUGUAAAAGGUUUUCUGUAAAUUUUCUUUGCUUCAACAAUGAUACUGCAUUUCACUUUAACCCACGGUUUGACAAAGACAAUAUUGCAUGUAACACAAAGCUAAACAGCCAAUGGGGUUUAGAGGAAAUAACAGAUCACAUGCUCUUCAGUCACAAUGACUCCUUUGAGAUCACCAUAACUGUAAUGAGAGGAACCUUUCAGAUCUCAGUGAAUAAUGACCAGAUCUUGGAAUACCGUCACCGAAUCGCUUACCAAGGCAUCCAGUCAAUCCAGGUCAAUGGAGAUAUCACUCUGAACAAAGUUACCUUCUCUGAUCCACCAAACCAAAUGUCACCAGCCUCAGAUAAACUACUCUUUGUUACCCCAAAUUAUAACAUUCCCUUCCAGUGUGCAAUACCUGGGAGAAUUAAUGAUGGCAAGACAGUGACUAUUGAAGGUCUGGUACACAGCGACUGUAACAGGUUUGCUGUGAAUUUUCUCUGCUUCAACAAAGAUAUUGCAUUUCACUUCAACCCACGGUUCGACCAAGACAAUACUAUUGUAUGUAACACAAAGCUGGAAGACAAAUGGGGCACGGUGGAACGGACACAACUCAUGCCUUUUGAUAAAGACGACUCCUUUGAGUUAAGCAUAGUUAUACUGGAACACGUCUUUCAGGUCUCGGUGAACAGAAAGCGUAUCUUGGAUUACCACCAUCGUGUUUCUUACCAAGGCAUCCAAUCACUCCUUGUCAAUGGUGACAUUACUCUUCUUAAUGUUACCUUCUCAGAACCACCAACCCAAGUGUCACCAGCCCCAUCACCAUAUUCAGUCACACCAAGUCAUCUCAUGCCCUUCCAGAGUGCAAUACUUGGGGGAAUUAGUGAUGGCAAGACAGUGACUAUUGAGGGGCUAAUACACAGCGACUGUAAACGGUUCACUGUGGAUUUUCUUUGCUUCAACAAUGAUAUUGCAUUUCAAUUGAAUCCACGGUUUGAUGACGGCAAAACUAUUGUAUGCAACACAAAGCUGAGCAACAAAUGGGGCUCAGCGGAAAAGAUGAAUCCCAUGCCGUUCAGUAAGGACGAGGCCUUUGAGAUAACCAUAGCUGUACUAGAACAUGUCUUUCAGGUCUCAGUGAAUGGAGAACAUAUCUUGGAAUACCGCCAUCGUGUCUCUUACCAAGCCAUCAAGUCCCUCUAUGUCAAUGGUAAUAUUACUCUUACCAACGUUAACUUCUCUGAGCCCUGAGUAAAGCUGGCCAUACAAGUCCUCAUUUCUGUGCUACACAUGAGCCCAGCUAUAACCAAAGCAAGAGAUACCUGGGUGCACCGAAGAAGGAGGUGGCGGCCAAGAAUGUACCCUUCGCCAGUAUGAUGCAAAAUUUUUACUAACCAGUGAUUUUACUUUUCCUUCUUAAAUUGCAAACCUGAAUAGAUAUUGAGUAUAUAAAUGAUGUUUUUUUUGCAUGUUUAUUCCCACUCUAACUGCAAUGGAUGAAAUGUGCUGGGCUCCUUGGCCUGACCAAUAAAGCUGCUUUUCAUCUUA